CGCACCUGGAAGAGGCUUGCGCAGCAGCUAGGUGGAACCAAGGCGGGAGGUGGGCGAACGCAUCACAGAUUAACGCGGGCAGAGCGUGGAUCUGCACACACAUCACUCUCGAAAACUCUCAGGCACAGAGAAGCAGCAUGCCUUCCUCUGUGGACCGCAGCCGUGGAGGACUACCCCGGGCAGAGUCUCCCAGUGGUUGAUUCCAAGUCAAGAUGGUUGCGAAGCCGCCAGCCUUCUCGGGGAGCGAGGCAGGGACGGAAGCGAUGGCAGCCAGCACUUCCCUGCCUGACCCUGGCGACUUUGACCGGAAUGUGCCCCGAAUCUGUGGGGUAUGCGGAGACCGAGCCACCGGCUUUCACUUCAACGCUAUGACCUGUGAAGGCUGCAAAGGCUUCUUCAGGCGAAGCAUGAAGCGGAAGGCGCUGUUCACCUGCCCCUUUAACGGCGACUGCCGCAUCACCAAGGACAAUCGCCGCCACUGCCAGGCGUGCCGGCUCAAGCGCUGCGUGGACAUCGGCAUGAUGAAGGAGUUCAUCCUGACGGACGAAGAGGUGCAGCGGAAGCGGGAGAUGAUCCUGAAGCGGAAGGAGGAGGAAGCCUUGAAGGACAGUCUGCGGCCCAAGCUCUCGGAGGAGCAGCAGCGCAUCAUCGCCAUCCUGCUGGAUGCCCACCACAAGACCUACGACCCCACCUAUGCCGACUUUACCCAGUUCCGGCCUCCGGUUCGUGGGGAUGCGUGCGGCGGCGGCCGUCCCUCAAGGCCCUCCUCCAGACACACGCCCAGCCUCUCGGGGGACUCGUCUUCCACCUGCUCAGAUCACUACGCGGCCUCGUUCGAUGUGAUGGAACCGACCAGCUUCUCCAAUCUGGAUCCGAGGGAAGAAGAUUCAGAUGACCCUUCUGUGACCCUGGACCUGUCCCAGCUCUCGAUGCUGCCCCACCUGGCUGACCUGGUCAGUUACAGCAUCCAAAAGGUCAUUGGCUUUGCCAAGAUGAUUCCAGGGUUCAGAGACCUCACUUCUGAGGACCAGAUUGUGCUGCUGAAGUCAAGUGCCAUUGAGGUCAUCAUGUUGCGCUCUAACCAGUCCUUCCUCAUGGACGACAUGUCCUGGACCUGUGGCAGCCAGGACUAUAAGUACCGCAUCAGUGAUGUGACCAAAGCCGGACACAGCCUGGAGCUGAUUGAGCCCCUCAUCAAGUUCCAGGUGGGGCUGAAGAAGCUGAACUUGCAUGAGGAGGAGCAUGUCCUGCUCAUGGCCAUCUGCAUUGUCUCCCCAGACCGUCCUGGCGUGCAGGAUGCUGCGCUGGUCGAGGCCAUCCAGGACCGCCUGUCCAACACAUUGCAGACCUACAUCCGCUGCCGCCACCCACCCCCCGGCAGCCACCUGCUCUACGCCAAGAUGAUCCAGAAGCUAGCUGACCUGCGUAGCCUCAAUGAGGAGCACUCCAAGCAGUACCGCUGCCUCUCCUUCCAGCCUGAGUGCAGCAUGAAGCUCACACCGCUGGUGCUGGAGGUGUUUGGCAACGAGAUUUCCUGACCAGGGCGGCUGGCAGGGGCACCUGGGUAGUGCUGCUCCUCUGGGGCCCUGUGCCCUGGCCUGGGGCAGGCUGCUGCCCGGCAGCCCUUCCCACCCCGUCUGGAGUUCAACCCCUCCUCCCCUACCGCCCCUCCCUCCCCAGUCGCUCCCAUCUCCUGCCCAACCUAACACCAGGUCUCCCUUUCCUGCCGACCACAGGCUGCCCCCAAGCCCUUGGGACCUCAGUCGUGAGGAGUUGCUGUUUAUUUGACAAAGAAACUCAAAUGGGGGUAGAGGGCAGAGGCCGAAGGUGGGGUCUUGCCCAGGGAUGCCCCUACCGCUCCGAAAGUGACUGCUUGGCCAAUGCCGAGGGGACAGUUGGGCAGGAGCAACGCACCCAUUCCUCAGGGACAGAGAUACCUGUACCUCCCCCCACUCCAGGCCCCCAUGUCCAGAGCCUAGUGGGGAUCUCCUUCCCCCUGCCCCGCCCAUGGUACAUGACUAGCCACCACCCCCACCCCACCCCCAUCUCAGCCUACUGCCAGUCUGUGCUGUCUUGUCCCAGGCAGUGUGCCACCGGCGGGGCUCCUCCCUUUGCCUUCCCACCCUGGCCUGUCCAGGAGACUUACUGCCAAGGAUGACCAAAAACAAGGUGACAGAGGUCACAACCCCCACCCCUCUCUGUUCGCCAAAGGGCACCUGCCCGACACUUCAAUGCCCACCUUCAUCUCAUUGCUAUGGUAACAGUCUCCCUGGAAGUCGCUAUGGUAAGAUGGGCUUUCUCCUCCUGGCAGGGGCCGCUAGCCCAGAGCCCACCUGCUGAGAGGCCCAAGGAGAGAAGAGAGCAGGGCCUAGGAGGUAGAGGACAGGCAAAUCCAGCCUCACAGGGGGGUGGUGGGUGGUGGCCACAGCUGUCUGGUGUCCAAGCCCUGCCAGUGCCUUACCUCCCACCCAGGAGAGAGAGAACCGGUGGCCACGGGUGCUGGAGGAGCCUCACCCGAGGAUGGUCAAGUGUGAUGCAGAGAUGGGAGCACCUUCCCAAACACUUCAUAGUCUGGAGAAGCAGUGCCCCUCUGCGUGCCAGCAGGCCACCUCUUUUCCACUUGGCAGGGUAGGAUGGAAGAGAAGAACCCUCAGACAGACCCCGACAGCCCAGGCCACGCUCUCCCCCCGCCCAUCUGGGCGUAGUUCCCAGACUGCCGUCCCCCAGAGACCCAGGAGCUAGUGCUCCAACACCUCGUUGUGGGAGGAGGGAGAGCGGGCUGGCUGCUGGGGACUAGGCAGAGGGAGGACCUAGGGGUGGAGUCACGUGGGGCUGGUUCCCAUCUUAUUCUCACUCCACCACCACCCCCAAAUCUGGAAGGGGUGGGGGGGGUACCUAACUUCCGACUCCAUUUUCCCUUCCAGAGCUAGCCCAGCCCAGGAGGUGGGAGCUCUUGUUCUGUUUACUCUGGGGUGGGGUCCCCGGGUACGUGAGUCAUAGGUGUGUGGGACCACUGCAGACGGGGCUCUUCCGGGAGUCAGAGAGGGUCCCUCGGGUCGCUGCUUGAGUUUGGGGAGCACAGCCGCGUUCAAGAUCUCAAUGGUGGGGGGGGGGGCUGGGUAGUCCCUGUCAGUCGAUGCCGCCUCCACCCUCCUCUGUUCUCCCAAAGCCCCGGGAGCAAUCAGACUCACACUGUGAGCACCAUCCGUGUCCACCGGGCCCAGUGUUUCUUCCAGUGGGGAAGCACCUGAGAGCCACGUUUCUUACCGCACAAUACCAUCUGUAUGACCAAGUCUGACAUUCAUCAGCCGUGAGCCGUUUCCAGAAUCAGACUCCGUUUUGUACUACGUUCGAAUGUAGCAGGUGGUAGACGCCACUGAUGAGAUAUUUCUGGGCGAAACACUUACUUUGUAAAAAUUCCAUACGCCGGUUAUUGGUAUUGUCCUUGCUUUUCUUUUACAAAUUAGGGCGAGAGCCUGGUUGGAUUCUGCAGAAGACUUUGGUCUCACUGGCUAGUCAGUGGGAAAAAAGGUUUAAAAAUCGCUACACUAGUUCAACUCCCUUGCUAAGGAAAACGGACGUUUAGAAGGAAGUGUGGCUGGCCAAGCUCAGACAGUUAGUUAGGAGGGGUCCGGAGCUGGCCUGGACUGUGAACCCCCAGACCAGUGUUCUCUUCACAAACCACGCUCAAGCUCGGGCCCCUGAAGGCUAACCUGGUCCCUUAGGGGAAGGUCUGGAUUUUAGACAGCAAACCUAGAUCCUGGACCCCUGCCUUCCUUCCUUGAGUUGUCACCCUCCUGACCCAUCAGGAGGAGGAGGAGGAGGGACACCUCAGCCUGUGUCUCAAUGUGAAUCAGACCCCCCACCCCUAACGUGGCCCUGGCCGAACGGGGUCUCUGCCUCAUCUCUGUAUCAUGCUGUUGCCUUAUCAAUAAAGUGCAUUUGUGUUUGUAAUGUC